AUGGCUCUACCCCCUGCCUCUCAGCUCAGCUCCCAGAAGUGGAAGGACUUCAUGGCUAAGAGACCCAAGACCCUGCCUGUUCCAUAUGUGGAGGUGAAGGGUGAGAGCGGACACUACUUCCUGUUGGUCCAGGGGUCAGAGGGCGGAGGCUGCAAGGCCCGCAUGAUACACUCAGCCAAUCAGAUCAAUGGAGCCGCUGCCACGGCAACCGUCAAUGGGCUUCUGAAAGAGAAUUCGUGUCGUCUUCAGUCUAUCUGUCUCCUUAAAGGGUUCAGCCAAUUGAUUGAUAAAGCAGUCCACUUGGUCUCUUCUCCCAGGUUCCACCACUACAGACUGGCUGCGCUCCCUGCCCUGUCUCCAUGGAGACCAACUGCUACAGAGGAGAGGAAGUUGGCCGAGGUGCAGACUCUGGUCCUAAAGGAGUGCCUGAGACGUAGAGAAGAGGCAGAGAAGCCGGCUUCAAUACCAGUCAAUGACCUGAAGAUCUUGCUCAGCCUGGCCAGAGAACAGUACCUCAAGAUGCAUGACUCUACCCUGCCUAAAGCCUCUACCCUGCCUAAAGCCUCCAGUCUGCCCAGAGUUGAGCCCUGUGGAGCAGAGGAGGUGAACCUCACUACGAAGACGACAGAGUUCAUUAAACACUCCCAACAUGCUGAUUGGCCAGAGAGAAGUGUUCUGCAGAACUAUGAGAACCUCCAGAGGACUCGUCAGAAGCUGAGGUUUGGUCUGCUGUCUGGCAGCUCAUCUGACUGUCUGCUGGGGCCUAAAGACGUCCAGGGUCAGAGAACCACCCCAGCCUUGCUGGAUGCCAAAGAGCUGCUAGACACUUCACACCAGACGGCCUGCCCACCGGAGAUCUGCAGCCUCUAUUAG